AUGAAUGGGAAUUUACUUCGGAAAGUGUUUGGAAAUGUCGGUGUUGGACGAGUUGUUGGUUUAUCUUCGUCAACACUAGGAAAAGGAAAUACACGAGUUAAUGGUGUUAGAAGUUCGCUUGCCUUUGCUGGUGGUGUUGCAGGUUUAAAGAGUUUAGCUGGGCUACAGAGACGUCAGUACAGUGCUUCUGCUGGGGAAACGAUGACUGUACGAGAUGCUUUAAAUCUAGCACUUGAAGAAGAGUUGACGGCUGAUGAGCGGGUUUUUUUAUUGGGUGAAGAAGUUGGUCAAUAUAAUGGGGCCUAUAAGAUAUCGAAAGGUCUCUUGGAUAAAUUUGGCCCUAAACGUGUAAUUGAUACUCCUAUAACAGAAGCUGGAUUCGCAGGGUUGGCAGUUGGUGCUGCACUCUCUGGACUAAGGCCAAUCUGUGAAUUCAUGACGUUCAAUUUUGCAAUGCAAGCAAUUGAUCAAAUAAUAAAUUCUGCGGCAAAGACUCAUUAUAUGACUGGUGGAACGGUAACAUGCCCGAUAGUGUUUCGUGGUCCGAAUGGAUAUGCUGCUAGUGUAGCCGCUCAACAUUCACAAGAUUACGCUGCUUGGUAUGGAGCUAUACCCGGACUAAAAGUUAUUUCCCCAUGGGAUAGCGAAGAUGCUAGAGGGUUGUUAAAGGCUGCGAUACGUGAUCCGAAUCCUGUCAUUUUUCUUGAGAACGAACUGCAAUACGGUGUCUCAUUUCCAGUCUCUGCUGAAGCUUUAUCAAAAGAUUUCCAAUUACCAAUUGGAAAAGCAAAAAUUAUUCGCGAAGGUAAGGAUGUGACGUUAGUUUCACAUUCGCGACCGCUAAAUCUCUGCGUAGAAGCAGCAGAAAAGUUACAAGCAGAGGAUGGCAUAUCCGCAGAAAUAAUAAAUCUUCGUUCGAUUAGACCCCUUGAUGUUGAGACAAUAAUCGCUUCGGUGAAGAAGACGAAUCAUUUAGUGUCUGUUGAAAGCGGGUUCCCACAGUUUGGUGUGGGAAGUGAGAUUUGUGCAUUGAUCAUGGAAUCGGAAGCAUUUGAUUAUUUGGAUGCGCCUGUGGAGCGAAUUACUGGUGCCGAUGUUCCGACCCCAUAUGCUUUUAAUUUGGAGGGUUUGGCAUUUCCUACAACUGAUACAGUAGUAAAAGUUGCCAGGCGCACAUUAUAUCGAAAGAAAAAAUGA